AUGGCGGGGAGCUAUGCUCCAGUGAGCCGGCGUGCCCUGCUAUCUUCAUUUUCGUCGCUCGCCAUGGAUCCUGUCACGGCCAUCGGGCUGGUGUCGGGCAUCCUGACAUUUGUACCAUUUGGCACCAAGCUUGUCAAGGGAAUCAUUGAGAUUCGGGAAGCGCUCGAUGGCACACUGGAUGAAAAUCGCACCCGUCAAGAGGUGGCCCAGGAGAUGAAACGCCUUUCCGCUCGAAUCUUACCGCCGGACGAUACCAAGCUCGUCGCCGAAGAAAACGGUCUUCGCCUUCUCGCCAAGAGUGCUCGUCGAUGUCGGAGCAGCUGA